CUGAGUCAGCUUCAACAGGAACCAUGGACGGGUUUCAGCAUUCUGCGGCUAAACAGCCUGAAGGAGUAAAUGGCUAUUUCGAGCCCGCGUCCCCCCAGGACACGGCCGAUGUUCGGUGGAAACACCCAGAGGGAGAGUCUGCGGGCUCUGACAGCUGUGGGGAGACAAGUGGAUUUGAGCUGACAGACGUGCAGGAGUUAAAAACCAGGGAAAGUGAUGACGAGGAGGGGAACGAGGAAGCACCUCCUUCUAAAAGCCCUAAAAGGGACCCGAAGAAAAGAGAGGGGGAAUGCCAAGAUCAGGAGAAUAAUCAAAAUAAACAAAACAACAAUGCAUCCUCUAGCUACACAGACUUGUCCCAUACGUCAUCGCCCUCGCUGUCAGAACAGCUGCGUCUUGGCAGAGAAGACAAUGCAGGCUCUGGCAUCAGCGUGGAGUGUAAGGUCUGUGGGGACAAGGCCUCGGGCUUCCACUACGGCGUCCAUGCUUGCGAGGGUUGUAAGGGCUUUUUCCGGCGGACCGUACGAAUGAAACUGGAAUAUGAGCGCUGUGAGCGUUCAUGCAAGAUUCAGAAGAAAAAUCGUAACAAGUGCCAAUAUUGUCGCUUCCAGAAGUGCCUGUCUUUGGGAAUGUCCCACGAUGCAAUCCGAUAUGGGCGUAUGCCUGAGGCGGAGAGGAAGAAGCUGGUGGCGGGCCUGCUUGCGGAGGAAAUGAACCUCAGCAAACCAGGUGGCUCAGACCUGAAGACCUUGGCCAAACAAGUCAACACUGCCUACCAAAAGAAUCUCAGCAUGACCAAGAAGAAGGCUCGCAGCAUCCUGACGGGCAAAACCAGCAGCACCUCACCUUUUGUAAUCUACGAUGUGGAAACUCUAUGGAAAGCAGAAAGUGGUUUAGUUUGGAGUCAGUUAGUUCCAGGUGCACCUCUGACCAAGGAGAUUGGAGUUCAUGUGUUCUACCGGUGUCAGUGCACCACGGUGGAGACCGUGCGGGAGCUCACUGAGUUUGCCAAGUGCAUUCCUGGGUUUGUGGACCUCUAUCUUAAUGACCAGGUGACUCUGCUCAAAUACGGUGUUCACGAGGCUAUUUUUGCCAUGCUGCCAUCUCUCAUGAACAAAGAUGGACUUCUGGUUGCUAAUGGUAAAGGCUUUGUCACAAGAGAGUUUCUGCGUAGCUUAAGGAAGCCCUUCAGUGAAAUCAUGGAGCCCAAGUUCGAGUUUGCUGUCAAGUUCAACGCUCUGGAGUUGGAUGACAGUGACCUGGCCUUGUUUGUUGCUGCCAUCAUUCUCUGUGGAGAUCGUCCCGGGCUAAUGAAUGUGAAGCAGGUGGAACAGAGUCAGGAUAACAUUCUCCAGGCCCUGGACCUCCACCUCCAAGCAAACCAUUCUGACUCUCUCUACCUCUUUCCCAAGCUUCUUCAGAAGAUGGCUGACCUCCGACAGUUGGUUACAGAAAACGCUCAGCUUGUCCAAAAGAUUAAAAAAACUGAAUCGGAGACCUCGCUCCACCCUCUACUACAGGAGAUCUACAAAGACAUGUAUUAAAUAUCUCCAGCACAAACUAAUUUCAGCAAUACUGUUACAGACUGAAUCUAAAGGUAUAAUUCUACACUGCAUCUGGGUUAGGCACUCUUCCAAGUAUGGGCAUGGUUUUUAACACAGAUGAAGCAAAUUAUCCUGGCAGGGCUAGCAAUCACAACGUCAGUGUUACCUUCAGAAAAAGCAAUGGGAGCGUGUGUGUGUGUGUGUGUGUGUGUGUGUGUGUGUGAGAGAGAGAGAGAGUGAGGAGCAUCUGGAAUCAUUUCCAGCAAGCCUUAGUUUCCCACAACGGUCACUUAACAGGAAGAGUGAUAUGUUUUCUUGCUGAAGCUUCUCUUGUUUCAUCCACAUAGCAAAGCUGGCCCCAGAGCAGCUUUGUAGAGAGAAUGUCUUCUCAGCUGUGUGUUCUGCGGCAAAUGGAAAACAUGAUCAGGUUCCUUUACCUAUGGCUUCAAGUAGUUCAAAUGAAACACAUGUCAAUUUAUUUCUUGCACAAGUGAUUGUAAUUGUUUCAAGACUUCAUGGCGCUGAAGAUGCACAGAUUUAUUUGUUUACAUCGUCAUCUCUCUCAUCAAUGACCACCACUUUGCCAUUUGGUUUCAAGAACACAAACUGGGCUGGCUCCAGCAUUGUAGAGCUCUCUGGGUGCAAAUGUCAGUGCAAUACCUUUUCCAUUUGUCAAUAAAUAUAAGAUGCAAAUUAUUUAGAUUUUUUUUUUCAAGCCUAUUUAAGUAUGGAGUUGUUUUUUUACUUAUGUUCUCUCAAACUGACACUAUUGUCAAAUGAACUUUGGAAAACAAAACUGAACAGCUUGUUUGAUUUGACUUAAUUUUUGUAUUUUAAGCAAAAUCUAGUCGUUACUAAUUAUCAUGAAUGUUUAAAUAUAAAAUGAAAAAGCAAACUGUGCUCCAAGCAUGUGUAUUUAAUGUUAAACAGCUACCUAAACCAACAAGCAAUCAAAAAAAAAAAAAAA